CUCAAAUAAACACACCCACAUCUAAUUGGAUGCCCUGCCCAUAUCAUCUUAUCGUACUUGAACUCUGAAGUUGUCUUUCUAUUGAUAUUGCACAAGUUUCUGUGUCUGCCGACUCGUAUUGACAGUUGAAGGCCACCUGAAGUUAAUAUAAGUGCUUGAGGCUAAACUAAAAAAAAUGGCAACGGAUGGCAAAUCUCGUAUCCCAAAAUUCUCUUUUGGGUUCAGAAGAACUACUAAAGUCCAAGACGAACCGAGUGCCCCCCUGACACUGGAACCCCCAAGUAUCGUCCGAAGUGCCACGCCCACUAAUCCCCCCGCAUCUCGUUCAGCCGAAUCAUCUCCGAAAGUGAGCCGUUCCAAAUCUCUACGGCUGCCACGCCCAACGAAAUACGGGCUAAAGUCUCAUUCCCAAUCGUCCAUUCCGGAACCAAAUCAAAACAGGUAUAAUGGUGAUAACGAUUUAGUGCCGGAUGUGAAAUCUGUAAAAUUGAAUAUUUCGCGGAAUUCGUUAUCCCCACGUGGGCGGAGUCUCACAGUUAGUGGUCACAUGAGCUCAUCGUCCAAUCAGAGCAGUCGAUCUAACUCUCCGAGUGUGUCCACUGCGAGUGGUGGUUCUGAGAAGCGGAGGCUUGUGCCUAAGAGUGAUGGAGUGCAAAGCUUGAGUCAGGCGGAUGAGGACGCACAGUUUGAGCGUUUCCAACGUCGCACGCAAUCCUUCAAUGCCACCAGACGAUCAAACCACGCCCGUAGCGACUCUCUGGGCAACGGGGAGAAACUUGCCGCCCCUCAAUUUGCACGCAAUCACCCGUCCAGACGUGCCAAAACUCCAACGUCAUCAUACAAGUCUACAAGUAACGGGCUACAGAUGAAGAAAAGCUCUGUGGGGGUCAGUGGAGGCUCUGUGGGGGGCGGUGGUGAUAAGGUGGCCAUCACACGGACCACGUCACUGGGGAAGGUGAAUCGUAUACAGAGAGCGGAGGAAGGAACGCCAACCAGCAAUCCACCGUCUCGUCGCUUCUCCAGUGAUCCUAAAGGGAAGAGACCGUCUUCAAUGGUUGGACGUAAUAAUACACCAGAUUUGAACACUCUUGCUCACGAAAUGACUUCAAACGACCAAUCAGAGUCCAGGAUAUCCCGCCCACCCUCCUCCAAGAUCCCGCCUCCACUUCGAUCACGCCGCUCACAAUCGGCACUGGAUCACCACCCACACGCCUACACACGUCACACACCCUCACCCAGCGCGGAAGCCGUAACCUCAACGACGACCUCACAAGCAUCGGGUUCAAACUCGUCCAACGAGGGUCCAGGGGUCAAAUCAUACGAACAACCUACCAUAGCAUCAGCUGCUAAAAUCAGUCGUCCAAAUUCUUCAAAUUCACAGUACAAAAUGAGCAGACAGGGUUCGUUUGGUUCACAGUCAAAUUUAUCGUCUGCUUCGGGCGAUUCUCACAAGUACGAAUUAAAUAAGAAAAAAUCGGUCACUAAUUUAGACUCUAUAGACGGAGGUGGUGGUAGCGGUAGAGCCACGCCCACUGGCGGACGGGGCACUCCGAUUGGACGGAAGAAAGGACCCCGGGAUUCGCUCGAUUCGAGUACCGUAUCGAGCACUACUGGCAAAGUGGGAUCGGGACUUCCCCCUCGUACACCCUACAGAGUUGCUCGUACCAUGAUACCCCCCUCGUCUGGUGCGGCUGGCAUCAAUGAGCUGGAGGGCUCUGUGCUAUUGGAGGCGGAUGACUACCUGAGAGUCUGUCACGAUGUCAAGGCACUCAAGACAUCGCUACUCAGACUCAAGAGGGAGAUACAGACUGACUCCUCGAGUCCUAUGGCCACGGGGGUGGGGGGUAGCAGUAGAGUGGGGCGGAGUCGUACCUCCCCCAACACUGAUGCUAGCGGCUCUACUCUGACUGACCUCAAGAAAAAACUUAAGCAAGUCACUUCAGAUCGUGACAAAGCUCUCGAAGAAGUUGGUUCUCUAAAGAAAGAUAAUACUUCGCUAUCGUCUAAAGUGGACGUAUUGACCUCUGACCUCUCGUCCCUUAAAGAAACCCACUCAAAACUAGAGGUGGAGUCCCGUCAGAUCGAAGGUCAUCGUGACAUGCUCCUGGAUAAAGUGGAAAGACUGCACGCAGACAAUCACAAGCUGGAAAACAGGUUGAUGUCCUACGAGAAGGCUAGUAUCUACGAGCAGACAAUCUCUGAUAGCUGGUUGGACGAAUUAGACGGCGACGAAUCUCUGGCCGAUAUAGAGGAGGAUGAAAUGGAGUACGAAGGUCACAGUUCAGAGGUCAACGAUCAUAUAACUUGAACGCAGCUCUUAGACUAUAAUGUUCAUACUAUUUAUACAUGUUGUGCAAUUAAUUUAGCGUAUUAUUCGAAUCAUCUCAUAAUCUCAUAAUUAUACCAUGACGUGG